CCGGCCUGUCUGCUCGUUCGGGAUCGUUUCAAUGCAUUUGUCGUAAAGGCUAGAAUACAGGGGAUCUCCGAUUUUAGUGUCGGCUGGCCUGACUACGGAGAAACGAACGUCGGCUGUUCUUGACCACAGUUUCCGACUUGUCCUACCUUGCGUGUUUGGUGAAAACCAUAAACUGAAGGCCGUUUCUUGGAGAGAUAUUCUGGAGAUGACUGACCGCUGUAAUCAGGAGAGAAAUGGAGAUGUAGUAACUUAUGAUGAUGGCGAUGAUGACUCUUUAAGCCUGUUGCAUGAUAUUCAUGCCUGUAGAGUAACAACUGAGGGCAUGGAUAUAAAUUAUUUAUAUUCACAAGUUAGCAACAAAGAGCAGAAGAAGAAAAUGGAGAUAGAGAUAAAUCAACUGAAACCACCUGAGGGAGGGAUGCCCAGCUCUAUCCAGUCUUCAGUGGGCCAUGUUGAGUCUACAUCUCUAUCAGCAAAUGUCUUAAAAUGUGUCACCAACAAGACAAAACUUCACAAGAGAAAUGAAAAGGGAGAGAGUCUUCUGCACAAAGCAUGCCAAAGAGAAGAUCUGGCAAAAGUCAAAGCACUUAUUCAGGCUGGAAUCAGUGUGAACAUGGAGGAUUAUGCAGGCUGGACAGCUCUCCAUGAGGCUUCAGCUGUGGGUGAUAAGGCAGUGGUAGAGGAACUGCUGAAGGCUGGAGCUCAUGUUAAUGCCAGAAGCUUUGAUGGUAUAACACCCCUACAUGAUGCUGUUUCCUCUGGACACUAUGAGGUGGUGAAGCUUCUCCUGCAGUAUGGGUCAAAUGCCAGUGACAGGAAUCUCAGUGGCCUCAGUGCACUAGACUUGGCGGAGGAGGAGAAUAUCAUAGAGCUGCUCUUAACUUUCAAAACAUCUUCUGUCAUACAUGAGCAGCCUUGUGAGACACCUGUAGAAUACAGACAACCAGAGGCUCACUGCCACAUGCAGUUCUACUGCCAGGGGAGCUUCAGUCCCAGCUGCAGUGACACGGCAAAUGUACAAUCCAGAGAAUCAGGUGACAGAGACGGAGCCAGAGAUCCUGGUGACAUUCAGCUGAGAAGGAAAGACACCACCUUGGAUAAUAUGGAACAUUCAGAGUCCUUAAAAGUGGUUUUGGAGGAGGUGGGUAGGAACCAAACAGAAAUGUUGACGUGGCCUCUGACAGGUCUGCAGGAUGCAGACAGAUAUUAUGCUGCUCUUACAAAGAUCCAGAGUGUGCUGGUUCAGGUGCUCACCAGGCAACAUUUGGAAAAGGAUAAUCUUGCCCAAAGAUACCGGAGUGUGUCAAAAAGUCAACUCCUCUCCCUUGCUUCACGUCAAAGGAACUUGGUGGAAAUCCUCCAAAAACAAAUCCAUUUGGUAGAGGUGUAUGUAACCAUGAAAGCCAAAAUUUCCAGUCAACCUCCCAACCUUCAAGGCAGUACAGUAGUGACACAGCCAGAUCACUUCUCGGCAUCUGCUUUCUCUAAACCUAAAGGUGCACACAGCUGUAAUGAAGACAGUCAAAGAAAGAAAAGCCAUAGACUGGUGACAUGGCUCAGUUCAUUAAGAUUGGCACCUCCAAACAACGCCAAGGACCUUACAGUGCCCAGACCUCUUGCUCCCUUACUAACCCAGGGGAAGAAGACUCCCACACACACUGAUGUACUAAAUAAGAAGACCAGCAACUGUCAGAGCAGUGCCCCUCAACCAGGAAAUACUUUACAACACACCAGGUUUCAGAUGAAAAGAAGGAAUGCACUGAUACAGACACAAGCUGAGGACAACAGCAGACAGCUCUCUAAGCUCAUACAGGGGGGAGUCAUGCCAGCUGAAAGUGCUCUUCAGUUGUUGAUGAAGGGUCACUGGCACUUUUCUCAUGUGCUUGGUGAUGGCUCGAUAAAGGACAGUAAAGGCAAGCUGCACCUGGCUCCAGAACACUGGCUGGAGUCUAUCCUUGGUAAUAACAUCCCUGUCAGCUCAGCAUACGCCUGGGACAAGGUGAUGUUCAAAGACAAGCCCUUGUCUUAUUAUUUAUUAAAAAUGGAGGGUGAAGGAAACGCACCACAGACACCACCUGAGGAUGAUCUUCAACACUGCAGGGCUGCUGCUUCUCCAAAGGCGCUGACCACAGUGGCAGCUGGUCUGAACUGUCUCAUGAAAAUCAAGACAAUCCAUUUGCUGGAUGAUGAGGAGCUACUGCCAAAUGCUGUGAUGGACUACUACUGGGAGAAGCUCCUAAAGAAAGACUGUUCAGAGUCUGAAGACUGGGGGAGUGAAUUAUUAUAAUCUAUAUAUCUCCUCAUAUUUUGUCCAUAACUGUGUUUGCUUUUGAAUCUAACCUGGUGAUUUUCACUUAUUAACUCUUUAAAAAAUCAGUUUUAAAGAGGGGUAAAAUAAAAGUUGUUUUUUAGUUUCUGUGUGUGUGUGUGUGUGUGUGUACAUAAUAUAUAUAUAUACACACACACACACACAUACAUAUAUGAUUAAAAAGUGCUUAAAUUCUAUUUGGACAUGUGUAGGUACUGAAGGUUGUAGUUUUCCACUACAUGGACACACUGUGUCCCCUUACGCUCAUGUUAGUCUAUUGCUGAAUGUGAUAGUUCAGCUGCUGCCAGAGUUGAACUAAAACAAUAAAGAAAAUAGUUAAGAAAGGUGUGCGGUUGUAUUUUGGAGCUACAGGGUGGGAACUGUCAGACAUGGCCUUGUACCCUGCAUUGGUUCACUGUGGAGUGUAGACAGACGGACGUGCAGUCGUGGUUGUACUAAACAGAGUCGAUCACUAGUAAGUGGCUGGUAAAUGUAUCGGGUGGUGGUGAUGUGGUGGAUGUGGCUGGAGCAGUGGGCGGACUGUUACUGCGACGCUCCCCCUCCUACUUCUCUGAACAGUUGCUCCAGUCCGCGAUGGAGCUCCGGGCAUAGCAGACGGGACUCAUGACCGCUCUGCUCUGUCAAAGCGCGCUGUCUUUACUCAUGUGGUAGGUGCUUCAGUGUAUUGUUUCAGAAACGGGCUGUCUGUUUAUAAAGAUAACGUUGCCGGAUUGUUUAGAAAGUACUCCAGGAGAGACUGAUUUUACCGCACUGUGCUUCAUCAUGUGAUUCCUGUUGGAUAAAAGAACAUUUCCAGACUCUGAAGUGGGACUUGUGCGAAAUGCAGAGAAGCAGAUCGUUCUUGUGGAACUGUGGGAGAAGUUUGCAUGGCACAAGAGCCGCUCAAAGACAACUUUAGAGAGCAAG